GCUCUUUUUUUUUUUUUUUUUAUUGGUCUUUCCUUUUUCCGCUCUUUUUCUUCGGCGAUAAAUCCGAAGGGUUUAAGGAGUUUCGAUUCGAGAAAAUCUUCCGAUUUUAUCGACCUCGAUUGCGCUUAUCUUCUGGUAUUCUUCGAUUCCUCCACGUUUUCUUCUCGUUGAGGCACCUUUCUUCUCUCUCUGUCUCUCGCCUCUGUCUCGACUCGGGGAUGAGAAGAGACGAAGUGGGUUUUGGUAUGAGGCUCUGUUUCGAAUUUUCUGAUUUGGUUUCGAGUUUUGGAAGGGAUUUUUGAUUAUUUUGCUGGGGAUUUCGUAGGGAUUUACGUUUGAAAGAUAGUGAGUGAAAGGAGAGGGGUUUCAGGCUCAAAUCUGUGAGCGGAGCUCCUCUCUCAUACGAAGUUUGAGUCUGCUUUAUUACUACAGAAAGAAGUAGCUUGCUUUUUGGGAUUGCAGGUUGUUGUCUUUUAGUUUGUACUCCGGAGAAUUACUACCAGAGGUUAAUCUGAAACAAGAAAGGAAACCGUUAUUAUGGGUUCUGUUUUUGGCUGUUUGCGCCCCGAUGAUCAUGAAGAAAAUGAAAAUCCCAAUACUCCUGUCUGCUCCAGCUGCUUUUCUCAGCAGAUUAUAAAUGUGUACAUUGCAUUAUUUCGAAGAGAACAAGCACGUGUUUCCCCUUCAUCUGAGCAGGCGGCAACUCCUUCAGCCUCUACAUCUCUCACUGAAGAAAAUUCCAUAGUUGAUACUUAUCAUCCUCCUCCAAGGCCUUUACCUUUUGACGAUCCUAGAUGUUCCCAGUUACGGCAUCAGCAUGGGCGUGUGUCAAGGUGCGAUAAGGGAUCGGCUCAUUUCCAUGAGGUUUCUCACCCACUCAGACGCAUCAAUGAUACUGACAAAGAAUCAAUAGGCACAACAAAAUUGUGGGGUAGAUCUGACUAUGAAGGGGGAUCUAAGAUAUGCUGCCCUGAGUCUUCACUGGAUCACCUGUCAACAAAAGUGGCAAGUGCAGCUAUAUAUGUUGAUUCUUCAUCUGAAGAUGAAGAUGUGUGUCCAACUUGCCUUGAAGAGUACACAUCUGAGAACCCAAGGAUCAUACUGCAGUGCACUCAUCAUUUCCACCUCUGUUGUAUAUAUGAUUGGAUGGAGAGAAGUGAAGCCUGUCCAGUCUGUGGCAAGGUGAUGGUUUUCAAUGAAAUGACAUGAUCUCCGGUUGUAGAUCUCACUCUUGUGUGAUGGCUUGGAGGUUAACUUUAUAAAGCAUAAAUUUCUUGGGAGGAUGCAGGUGAAGUCAUCAAAAUACAGGCCAAAGAUUGUCUUAGUUCGUGUCAUAGGUUUAUUUUUACAUUGAAUCUGUUAUUGGUAUGAUUUUUUUUAAAGUUGAUUUAUUUUAGAAAAGCCUGACUUGCUGGUAGAGCAGUCACAUCGGUAAGUUGAUACUUGGACUUGAGUUUUCUUUCUUUUCUUUUCCUAGUAUUAUGAUUUAUUUUUGUUGAUAAACCGGAUGGAUCUCACCUAUCAAGUGUGAAUAUAUCCCACAAAGUUAGAAAAUAAAGUAUCACGAAACUGUGAAGGUAAAUUAGAA